GCAAUCCCCAGGCAGGAACCUGAAAAUUUAGUCCCGUUGAAGUCAGGGGAACUACCCACGCGAGUAAAGGUUCGCAGGAUCGGGCUUCAAGUGACCUCAGUGCAAAUAAACCUAUCAGAUGUAGCCAACUGACUAGCAAAUUUUGUGAAUGGAAUACUCAGUGACUGGAAGAUGACGUAAUUGGAGAGCAGUGGGUUUCGUGCCCGGUUGUGGAUUGGCUACAUUUUGCCAACGGACCUUGUGAUUGGCUGGCCAGUGCCGGUCAAACGCCUACACACUUUCACCCUGGCGGUAGAUAUAAAAGGGGGAUACUUAGGCAUUGAACAGCAUCACGAUUUAGAAACAUAUAUUGAGGAAACCUCCACCACGUUUUACUGUUUCUUACGAAGCUUUGCAUUUCAAAGAGAGGACAUUAUGGUUAUGCUGAAGAUUUCACCUUUCCUUGCUGUUUAUGCCUUGGUUAUGUGCCAGAUGGAUAGCUCCCAGGCAACCCCACUCAGACCUGGCUUAGACUCUAUAACGGAUCGAGUGACACUCAGUGAUUACGAAGCUCGGCGGUUAUUAAAUGCGUUGGUGAAAGAAUUUGUUCAGAUGACAGCGGAAGACGUGGAACAAGCGACUGAGGGGAAUAGCCUGGAUAGACCUAUUUCCAAACGCUGUGCCAGUCUGAGUACUUGUGUGCUGGGCAAACUGUCUCAAGAAUUGCACAAAUUGCAAACUUACCCUCGUACUGAUGUCGGGGCUGGAACUCCUGGCAAGAAAAGGAAUGUGCUGAAUGACCUGGAAAAUGAACGCUAUGCAAACUAUGGGGAAUCCCUGGGAAACAACUAGACAUGCUUAUUUUCACCCUUCUCCCUUUUUUUUAACUUGAUGCAUGUGGAUCUAACCUUGAUUGCUAACUUUGCUAUGUUAUUUUGAUUCUGUUUUCGACAGAGAAUGUUUGAGAUGGACUUAAAGUUAGGACGAUAAAGAACACAAUACACAUACCAAGUUAGAAAAAAAUAUACCAAAUAAAAUUAAAAAGAAUGAACAGCACUGCCUUGAGACGUCAACUGAUUUUCUUAGACAUUUAUUUUAAAAAAAUCUAAACAAAGCUUUUCAUUUCUAGCUAU